UAAAAAUUUGUGCUUUCCAUAGAGUAAAGGAAAUGUUGGUUUACUAGCUUAGAACAAUAGAUAUUUUAGUUUAAUGUUUACAAUGACUUAAAUAGACCAUACAUAGCAAAGUUUGCUCUAUGAAUAGACCUACAGCUGCUUUCAGAUGCAGCACCUGCAACAUACUCCGAGUUAUGUGAAUAGUUAUAAAUAAUAAUGAAUUGAAGGUUUAUAGAGCGCACAUAUCCACUGCAGUAGUGCCGAAGGCGCUAAAAGCUCCUAUGUUUUAUAAUUUAUAAUCGGUCAGGAGCAUUUUAUUCCGGAAAAUAUUGCCUGUACUGGGGAGUGUGGGGUGGGGGUGGUAUUAAUGCGACACCGGCUUCCUAAGAACAUUACUAUUUAAAAAAAAUUGAACAUUUCGAAAAAGAUGAUGUAUUUUUACUGUAUUCAAUUAUUUCUAAAUUCUAAAAUGAUAACCUACUUAUUUCAGUAACAAUAAGCAUAUUGGUCAGCCCUUGCUGCCUAUUAAUUACAUUUCAUUUUAAAUAACAUUGUGAUUUAUUCAAAGUUUUUAUACUUUUAUAUUUUUUUUCGGGAAAAUAGGUCACCAAAUAAGGUUAUGUAUUCACAGCUGUCUGUAUAUCGGGCUGUCUUUCUGUCUAAAACUAAAAAAACUAAAGAAUAUCAUCAUAAAAUUGAGUGAAAUGGUAGAUAAAAAUCUGUUGGACCAUGUCGGUUAAAUCGUUUCAUAUUUCUCUUAGACUUUUUCGUCUGCAGGCCUAAUAUAAUUCUUGUGUAUAAUGUAAAACAAAUUAUUCGUCAAACGAGAUUGGCCUCUUUUCUUUUAUGAGCUCGUAUGGUGUUGUGCUUCAUCGAUUGCCUUUGUACAUUCACCAACAACAAAUUGACUCUAACCACGACGUAGCGUUCAAAACUAAUAAAGCGAGUACCGUGACUGACCAGACACAAAAGGUGUAUAAUUUAUGAACAUGAAGGAAUGAUGAAUAUUUUAUUAUGAAAGUUCAAGGCAUUAGUGGAAGAGAUAGAAAAAAUAAAGCAGGAUGCGGCGGAUUCGCGAAAUAAUUACAUUAACCUAAGACCUCGAAGGCUCGCCUGCAUAAAGUAUUGUACACACACACACACACCCCCCCCCACACACACCCACACACACCCACACACACACACCCACCCACACACACGUACACAUACACACACACACAAAACUGGCGAGAACCUGCCAACGGAUGCGAUCUUUAAGAAGAAAUUCUUCUCAAAUGAGAAACAUAGUCUCUAUAUCUCUUUUUUUUCCCUCUAGCGUAAAACUAAAAUUAAUGCCAACUAACAACCUAGCUUAUAAUAAUUAGAGUUAUAAUGCAUAUUCUGUAAAUAGUUGAUUUAGUGAAAUUAUGCCGGCAAUGGGGUUUACGUUUUGAGUGAUAUCCUAUUUUUGGUUAGAUCAAAAAGUGGGCGGAGCAUGGAAUCGUAUCACAAAUCGUUAUGCUUCAUCUCUAUGGUUGCGUCAUGGAGGUAGGCAUGUUGAAUCAGGGAGAUGUAAAAAAUAAUUAUUUUUUACAUCUCCCUGGUUGAAUGAAUGUGAACGAUAAAGUCUGCUUGCGUUUGUGCUUGUACUUUUAAAAGGAUUUUUUUACAAAUACUUGUGAAUUACAAGCGUACCGCAUACCAAGUAUUUUGAAGAAGAUGAAGUUUGUCCGCCCUUAUGUUUGUGUAGCAGUUGUAGUUACGUUAAUAUUGUGCUGGGAAUACUCCCGGUUAACGUCAGAUGAUAUAAAGUAUAGCAAGUCACUUGAAAACCAACCCCGCUAUGAAAUGAAGCCAGCAAAGUUUACAACAUACAUGAAUACAUCAGGAAGCGAAAUUAAACUGCAUAUUGGAAGCCAAAACAUUAGAGGCAUAUCCAAAGAAGUGCAAAAUUUUCAAGAAUUAGCAGCAAUAUUUCAAACACCAUGGAAAGCAAACACAUCAAAUGUGCGCCAGCUAAGAAAUGGCAUUGCGAAGUCAAUCUAUGCUGCUGAAAUGGUUCUGACACAAAGCAACGUCCAACCAUUCGAAAACAUUAGCUACGCGUCAGGAGACAGUAUAAGAAAAUUAAGUACGGAAUUUUACAACAUGCUGCCAAAGGCAUCUCCUUUUCAACGUAUGUAUAAAAGAUGUUCUGUUGUGGGAAAUGGAGGCAUAUUACGUGGAAGUAAAUGUGGUAAUGAAAUAGACAGGUCGGAUUUUGUAAUUAGAUGCAACGCUCCACCGAUUCACCAAUUUUCAGACGACGUAGGUGUUAAAUCUAAUGUGACCACAGUAAAUCCUUCGAUAAUUAUCAAAAAGUUUGGUUUGUUAAGACAAGAGAAAGAACAGUCAUUGUUUAUCAAAUCAAUGCAGCAGUACGUCAAUUAUAUUUGGUUCCCGAUCUUCCGGAACGGUUACUCUUAUAAACCAAGUUUGAAGGCAAAUUAUCAAAUAUAUCACCAGUCACCAAAACAUUGCAAUAAUAGUGUAAAAGUGCUGAACGGAAAUCCAAAUCAUUUCCGAAGGAUAAAUCGCUACUGGAAGAAAAUUGCAAAUUUUAGAAAAGUUCUCUCAUCAGGUUUUUAUUUCGCAACGUCAGCAGUUUUACUUUGCGAAGAGAUUCAUCUUUAUGGAUUUUGGCCAUUUUAUACAGACAUACACAACCGUCCACUCUCCUACCACUACUACGAAAAUGCUACACUGGUAAAAUACGCACAUGAGUUUGGGAAAGAAUUUAUGGAACUAAUCCGACUACAUCGUGACGGUAUUCUACAACUACAUGUCGAUAAGUGCUAUCCAUAGUUACAGUAUCGUUUGGAAUGGUCUUCAGAUAGUCUUAUAAUUACACAAGGUUUUGAUUAUUCUAUAUAUAACUCUAUAUAAAUUUAUAUAGAGCUAUAGAACUUUUUUGUAUGGAUAUAAAACCGUCCACACUCCUACCACUACUACGAAAAUGCUACACUGGUAAAAUACGCACAUGAGUUUGGGAAAGAAUUUAUGGAACUAAUCCGACUACAUCGUGACGGUAUUCUACAACUACAUGUCGAUAAGUACUAUCCAUAGUUACAGUAUCGUUUGGAAUGGUCGUCAGAUAGUCUUACA